GCACUAAAGGCCACAGGAUUACGCACAGGAGAUCCCCGGCUGAAGGAAUGCAUGGACACCCUUAAAGUCACCCUGAAGAACACCUCGGAUGGAGUCAUGCUGGACAGACAGCUCUUCAAGAAGUAAGUCUUGUUCCCCGGUACGAAUCAGAGACGCUCAGUAGUGUUAACGAUAUAUGGAUCGAUAGAGAGUGGGACGUCAAUAUGCUGUUGCAAUUCCAGAGUUGGCUACUCUUUUCACAAUAUUGUACCCACCCGAACAAGGCUUUUCACAUGGUCUCUUUCAGCACUGUUCAAGCAACUAUGCUGGAUGCGUAACCCGACCAGCUCAGUUUGGCUCAGCUCGGCUCGGGUCAGUAGUGUGAAAAGCCCUAAUGAGGGAUGAUUAAAUCAUGACUGCGAGUCGUUGUGUCUGUGCAGACAGAGCUCCGGUUCCUGCGUGUUUUCCUCAUCUUAACAGCUCUAGCUCAUGAAUCAUUCAUCCCGUCUCUACUCUGGGUUAAGAUAGAAACCAUUAUUCACGUCUCGCCCGCCUGUGCCACGCUGGUGGCCACGCUAGAGGAAACCCAGUGACCUACUUCCUGCCACAAUGUCACACGGCCCAGAUUGGACCUAAUUGUUGACAUCCUGUCCUGAACCUUGUCACCUCACGUGAAACUAACCAAUCCCGGUGAUGUCACUUUGUUUCUAUGAGCCACCUGUUUUGAGAUGCAUUGUAAAUACAUUAUAGGUAUUUAUACAUUGUUAUAAUUUCUUACGAUAAGCCAUGAUGAGCUAUUAUGAAUGCUUAUAGCAUGUCUUUAAUGUAUAUUACCACCGCUGAGUAAUGCUAUAUGAAUGCAUUUGUUGUCUUUAGGCCACAAAAGGCUGUGAAGAUGGGCCCUGAGCUGUUAUGAAUGCUUACGGAAAUCUUAUAAUGCACUAUGCCAUAGUGAACACGAUGUGAUAAUAGGCAAUCUAAAGUGCAUUCAUAAUGCAUUAUAACGGGUGGCUUACAGAGAGUGUUACCCCAAACCCUUCCAGAACGGGUUGUAUCAGACACAGAGACCCCACCAGAGCCAAUAGGAUGUUGUGUUGUGUCGUUCAGGCAGAAAGCUUCUGCUCAUGUAUAGAGCCAUGACACAGGACAUGUGUAGCUAACAGGGUAAAGGAUGAACUUACUCAACUCCCACAUAAGCAGAAGUUCAACAGUGAACUACAGUAUGUUGUGCCUUGAGCUGUGUAGUUAGCUAAAAAGUUUUAAGGUGGCGUUAAAGACGUUUUACACGUUCCUACGUGCCAACUCCGACUAGGGUAAGGCCCCCACUAGGUCUCUCACCAAAGCAAAGUGCAAUGGACAGCUAAGCUUGACUACGGGAGGAGAUCAGGUCACGCGCACACACAAGUGAUAGUGAUGGGGAAAAAUCAAUACAGUUACAUAUCGCAAUUUUAUUUUGGAUGAUAUUAUAUCGAUACUUUGACUCCAAGUAUCGAUUUGUAGUCUAGUCUAUUUGAUUUAUUUAUUUUUGCUGGGUAGUGUUAGCUAGCGUUAGUCGGCUGUACCUACGCCAAAACUCUGGUAUUUCUCAUCCUAUAGAUUGUUCUCCAUCUUCUCUUUAAAUAGUGGGCCAACAUGUUUUCAGCACUUUUUUUUAUUUCCAUGACUGAUCAAAACUAAUUUUCUCAUGUGCUCUGCAGCAGGCAUAUAGUGAGCAAUAUGUUUGGAACAUCAAAUCACAAUAAACUCGCAGUAUCGAAUCGCAAUAAAUAUAGAAUUGUGAGAAUCGCAAUGCAUAUCGAAUUGGCACAUACAGUGCAUUCGGAAAGUAUUCAGACCCCUUGACUUUUUCCACAUUAUGUUACGUUACAGCCUUAUUCUAAAAUGGAUGAAACCGUUUUUUUCCUUCAUCAGUCUACACACAAUACCACAUAAUGACAAAGGAAAAAAUGGGUUUUUAGAAAUGUUUGCAAAUGUAUUAAAAAUGAAAUACCACAUUUACAUAAGUAUUCAGACCCUUUACUCGGUACUUUGUUGAACACCUUUGGCAGCGAUUACAGCCUUGAGUCUUCUUGGGUAUGACGCUACAAGCUUGGCACACCUGUAUUUGGGUUUCUCCCAUUCUUCUCUGUAGAUCCUCUCAAGCUCUGUCAGGUUGGAUGGGGAGCGUCUCUGCACAGAUAUUUUCAGGUCUCUCCAGAGAUGUUCGAUCGGGCUUCAGUCCGGGCUGUGGCUGGGCCACUCAAGAACAUUCAGAGACUUGUCCCUAAGUCACUCCUGCGUUGUCUUGGCUGUGUGCUUAGGGUCGUUGUCCUGUUGGAAGGUGAACCUUUGCCCCAGUCUGCGGUCCUGAGCGCUCUGGAGCAGGUCAUCAAGGAUCUCUCUGUACUUUGCUCCGUUCAUCUUUCCCUCGGUCCUGACUAGUCUCCCAGUCCCUGCCACUGAAAAACAUCCCCACAGCAUGAUGCUGCCACCACAAUGCUUCACCGUAGGGAUGGUGUCAGGUUUCCUCCAGAUGUGACACUUGGCAUUCAGGCCAAAGAGUUCAGUCUUGGUUUCAUCAGACCAGAGAAUCUUGUGUCUCAUGGUCUGAGAGUCCUUUGGGUGCCUUUUGGCAAACUCCAAGCGGGCUGUCAUGUGCCUUUUACUGAGGAGGAGCUUCCGUCUGGCCACUCUACCGUAAAGGCCUGAUUGGUGGAGUGCUGCAGAGAUGGUUGUCCUUCUGGUAGGUUCUCCCAUCUCCACAGAGGAACUCUGGAGCUCUGUCAGUGACCAUUGGGUUCUUGGUCACCUCCCUGACCAAGACCCUUCUCCCCCGAUUGCUCAGUUUGCCCGGAAGAGUCUUGGUGGUUCCAAACUUCUUCAAUUUUUAAGAAUGAUGGAGGCCACUGUGUUCUUGGACCUUCAAUGCUGCAGAAAUUUUUUGGUACCCUUCCCCAGAUCUGUCGCUCGACACAAGCCUGUCUCUGAGCUCUACAGACAAUUCCUUCGACCUCAUGGCUUGGUUUUUGCUCUGACAUUCACUGUCAACUGUGGGACCUUUAUAUAGACAGACGUGUUUCUUUCCAAAUCAUGUCCAAUCAAUUGAAUUUACCACAGGUGGACUGCAAGUUGUAGAAACAUCUCAAGGAUGAUCAAUGGAAACAGGAUGCACCUGAGCUCAAUUUCGAGUCUCAUAGCAAAGGGUCUGAAUACUUAUGUAAAUAAGGUAUUUCUGUUUUUUAUGUUGAAUAAAUGUGCUAAAAAUUGGGUAUUGUGUGUAGAUUGAUGAGGAAAAAAAUAAUUUAAUCAAUUUUAGAAUAAGGCUGUAACGUAACAAAAUGUGGAAAAAGUCAAGGGGUCUGAAUACUUUCCGAAUGCACUGUAAGUAUCGUGAUAAUAUCGUAUCGUGAGGUCCCUGGCAAUUCCCAGCCGUGGUGUGUACACACACCUGUUACUCAAAGACAAACAAGCUUGUUAUUGCCACAAGCUUGUUUAUAGCCACACACAGACACAUGCACAUGCACACACCGGGCCUGACGGUUGUCAUUAGCGGCCAAAGCUGUGUGUCUUAUUUAUAAGCUUCUGUGACAAAGGGAAAUCACUUAGCAGUGCAUGAGUACACUCAUUCGUUCUCCCUUCCUCAUCUUACCUAACAUCACGCUCUGGACACCAUUAAGCCAUACCGGCCAACUAGCACAGGGGUUCCCAAUCUUUUUCACUCAGUCCCCCCUUCCGGCAGUGUGGAACAUCCCACGCCCCCCUGCGCACCAUGUCUAUUUCUAUUGACGCAAGCACUGUUCAUGACAUUUUGCCAUGUCUAAUGUGUAUUCAUGUGAUAUUUGAGUGACUCAAACAUUACAACAAAAUCUAUGGGCUAAAAAACCUAGCUAAAACAUGUUAGUUGACAUGGGCUAGUUGAUCUGGACAAGUUAUAAAUAGCUCUCUAAGGUAUGCAAUGGGGGGGGGGGGGUGUUAGGAGGCUGGCCAGGGUAACAUUGACAGCCACUGUUAGUUUGUAGGCUCCAAUGACUCAGUUGAUUGGCGUGCAGUGCUUGCAACACCAGGGUUGUAUUCAUUAGGGCACACUAGCAAAAGGUUUUGUUAUGGAAAACAUUUCUUAUUGGAGAAGUUCAGGUAGUCCCUCCCUGUUUCCAUCAGUUUUCUAACGUUUAUUGCCUAAUGAAUGCGACCCAGGGUUGUGUUCUGAACGUUGCAGAUGGUAAUGUCUUGUGUAGAGCUCACAUGAUUGCUCGGCUGGUGCCAUGUCAUGUGUCGUGUUCGCUGCCUGCUCUUCUGCCCAGUGUCAUCCAUCACCACAAAUGAAACGUAAUCCAUGGACAUAAUAAAUAUCUGUGUGUGUGUGGCGAUGAUCACCUAUUUUAAGACACCGGGGCAAGGUGGCAACGAGGGUUGAUGGCACUACUAUACAGUCGCACCGAAACUGGUCCGUCUGUCUGGAGUCAAACUGGUCUCCAUAUCUACACACUGUGCCCAGUUAUGCCCAUGCCAGUCUUCCUGUUUUCAUCUGCAUUUAGAGGAAGUGCUGCUUGGUACAAUAGGUGUCCUUGUGGUUUCCACAUCCGGAAAGGUCAGAAAAGUUUGUGUGUGUACAGUUGUUCUUUCUGGGUGGUUCCCUAAAGACAACACUUCGUUAUUUCCCUGUAGUUAUUUCCCACCCCCCUGGAAUAGUUUGUCCCUAGAACAUUUAUGUAACUGCAGCCUGCUAGCUGAGUCUCCAAGGCCUAGCCGAUAGCUCCCUGAGGGACAUGUAUGUAAAUGAUUGCAGCAGAGAGAUGGAGAUGGAACUAUGGGAUGUCUCUGUCUCCUGGAUACGCAUGGGUGUUAUAUGCUUACAUUUGUUAAAUGCUAAUAAUGGCUAGCAACGCUCUCCUGAGGACUGGCGGCACUUUAAACACAGUAUCCUACAAGAAACCAUGCAUUCAAACCUCUUAGAUAAAGUAUGGUUAUCGAUUUGUUCGUCAAGGAUGGAAGAGAGAGGCAAGGUCUCAAGGAUCUUUUGGAAUACAAAACAUGUUUAUUAGACAUUCAUAACAAACAAAAUCACCAGCUAGCCUAAUAAACAUGCCACCUCACCUUUUCUUUUUAAUAGGCCAUAUACUGUGCUCAUUGAGAUAAGCAUCUUUAUGAAUGUUCAUGUAGCACUCACAAAGCUACAGUAAGUGAGUUUUGUUUAUCUUAAGUUAACCAGUCAUGUGACCAUGGCGUUGCAGUUGGUGUUAACUGAGAGCAUCUGGGAAUACUUAUAUUAGGCCUAUGUUGGGACUGCUGGAGUUUUUUUUCCCCUCCUACUGGUGUGGUUGUUGCUUUACAGUCAUGGAAGGUAUACACUUACCCAUAAUGUUUUUUGUGUGUGUGUGUGUGUGUGCAUGCGACGCGUUCAUGUGUUUUUGUUUGACUAUCAAUUUCAUCCUGUGGUCACAUGCAAUAAAAAAGUUAAUCAGUUUACAGUGCCUAUUUUGUUGCUCACUAUUGCUAUGUUAGCUCCAUGCUAACUACCUGAGCAAAGAGGGACUCAUGUCGCGUAAUGUCCAAAUAACCUCUGCCCUCCUCCUGUCUCCAGGUGUGUCCAGAGCAACAUAGUCUUGCUCACCCAGGCCUUCCGCAAGAAGUUCGUCAUCCCUGACUUCCAGUCCUUCUCCUCUCACAUCGACGAGCUCUACGAGAGUGCCAAAAAUCUGACCGAAGGCCAGGUUGGUAAUCAGCCCAUCCUGGGGGAGGUGGGUGGACGCCAUCCUUCUCGUCGUUGCUGUAGUCUGCCCCUUUCACCUUUUCUUUGUCUUCCACCUCCUCUGUGGUAUUGUCAAUGGCAGAUCUUGUGUGUAGCUGGAGUUUUCGUAUGUAUCCUUUUCUUCUAUGUGUGCUUACCUGUACAUGCUUAGAAUAAAGGGUUAUUCGGCUGUCCCCAUAGGAGAACCCUUUUUGGUUCUAGGUAGAGCUGUUUUGGGUUCCAUGCAGAACCCUCUGUGGAAUGGGUUUUACAUGAACCCAAAAGAGUUCUACCUGGAACCAAAUAGGGUUCUUCAAAGGGUUCUUCUAUGAGGACAGCCGAAGAACCGUUUUAGGUUCUAGAUAGCACCUUUUUUUCUAAGAGUGGAUGUACAUUAUUAGGGGACAGCAGAUAUAUUUUUGUUAAGGGUCUUACACGAACAGUUUGGAUUACAGGUGUUGGAACUAUUUCUCUGUCCACCACAGGUUGCAGACUACAUUCCCCAGCUUGCCAAAUUCAGCCCGGACCUGUGGGCCGUGUCUCUGUGUACCGUGGAUGGACAAAGGUUAGACUCCAUUAUGUACUUAUGAAGCUGUUGUUAUUAUUAUUAUCUUUAAGACCAACAGUUGGCAACACUGAAAAUGCCCACGUGUCCGCUAUUUGACGCCUAUACAUAUACCCAGUGAUAGGAUAUCACAAGGCCAUCUGAACUGGGAUAAGGGCCAGCUAAACUUCCAGUAGAAGCCAAAGAUUACGAUGUGAGGUCCACAGUUUCGUUCUGGUGCACUCAUUGGUAAUAGAGAUUGUAAAUGAACAACCAAUCUUAGGGUGUGUGUGUUUGUGUCUGUAAACGACACUAUCUCUCCGCUUUAUGAUGUUUGUUGUAGGAUAGAAAGUCAUAAAGAUAACAUUGGAAUGAGGUGUUUUGUUAUGUUUGGUUUUCAUGACUCAUGAUUUAUGAUUUACAGCAUGUUGAAACACCAUGAUGCACUAACAGCAUGUUGAAACACCAUGAUGCACUAACAGCAUGUUGAAACACCAUGAUGCACUAACAGCAUGUUGAAACACCAUGAUGCACUAACAGCAUGUUGAAACACCAUGAUGCACUAACGCAUGUUGAAAAUACCAUGAUGCACUAACAGCAGUUGAAACACCAUGAUGCACUAACAGCAUGUUUGAACACCAUGAUGCACUAACAGCAUGUUGAAACACCAUGAUGCACUAACAGCAUGUUGAAACACCAUGAUGCACUAACAGCAUGUUGAAACACCAUGAUGCACUAACAGCAUGUUGAAACACCAUGAUGCACUAACAGCAUGUUGAAACACCAUGAUGCACUAACAGCAUGUUGAAACACCAUGAUGCACUAAAUGGGGAGGGGCAGUUAUGUGGAUGCCUUUUCUUUCUCUGUCUAUCUAUUCCCUCUCUAUCUAUCUCUUUCUACCUACCUCUCCCUCUCUGUUUGUCUAUUUCUGUUCUUCAUCUUUCUUUCCUUCUAUCCUGUCUCUUUUUGUUCUGUCUGUAUGCCAUCAGCCACAAUCUCUCUCUCUACCUCUCUUUUUCACUCUCUUCCACCCCCUCCUGAGCGUCUCACUUUUUCUUCUGUCUUCUCUCCCUUCCCCUUUGUUGACGGCCCAUGAGUGACGAUGUCUGGUCCUAGUGACAGACCUUCUGUAACAAUAUCUUAACUCGCUCACUCCUCCCCCCCCUUGAUUAUAUAGUUUGAAAUACAGUGUUGAUAGAGUCAUCAUGCUCUCCAGAUAUUGCACACUGCUUAGUAUUCAGCCUCAGCAAGAAAACCUCCCCGGUUUAAUAGUUCCUGCAUGCACACAGCCGUUCUUGGCAGAGUUUAGGCAAAUAUCUGCAUUGAAAUUAUAUUUUUAUGACACAUUUCCUGAGUUCUAACUGUCCUCAAGCCGUUCUUGUGAUAUCAGUGUUAUUAUUACCUUAACAGAGCUUCUCUUACAUCAGUUAUCAUGUGAAGUGAUGACAUGAUGUCACUGACACAUACAAUCAAUUAAGGUAUGUGGUUUCUGAUGUGUAGGAAGUCUUAAAGAUAACAGUUAAGUGGGACUGGAUUAACCUGUACUUAAGCCUGCUUUUGUUUCUCCUCAGACACACGGUAGGCGACACCAAGGUCCCCUUCUGCCUGCAGUCGUGUGUGAAGCCGCUGAAGUACGCCAUCGCUGUGCAUGACCACGGCACAGAGUACGUGCACCGCUUCAUCGGGAAGGAGCCCAGCGGCCUGCGCUUCAACAAGCUGUUCCUGGACGAGGAC